GAAUGCAUCGCACCCUUAUCCGAUAUCUGCUGGCGGCGACUAACGAUUGGUUUCAUUGCAGCGAGAGUGCCCUGGCCUCAGCCAUUGUUGGCCUCAAGCCUGGCAAGUUUGGAGAGAAUCUUCUGCGCUGUCUGCGAGCUCUUGGUGUCCUGACUGUCGACAGCCGAAACAACGUCGUCUGGCUGCGAAAGUAACAUGUACAUACAAACGAUCGUCAAGUUCGCUGCUCCGACACCACAUGCAGAUUGCUCGGCUGACUCAUGGUCCUGCUCACUGGGUACUUUGAGCACUUGGGGGGAGGGAGAGGAUGCUUGUUGGCUGGCGCUGUUACUCGAUGCCAGGCCUGGAUCUGCUGCUGUCCCUGGAUCAUCGGGCAUAGCUCUCUCGAUAUAUUGGCCGUGCUUGCUGUCUCGAUCAACAGCAUGCGAGCAGCAGCCUCUGCCUUGGAUCCGGGUGGGUUGGGAACUGCCUCGAAAUCGGCGUUUUGGGAUGGCGAAGGCGUUGCCGCGUCUCGCCGCCUUCUCGCCGAGAAGAUGGCCAGUUGUCCCGCACCCAUGCCCACAAUCGAUUCGUGGUUGUCUUCGAUCACCGCCCAUCAGCCCGCCAGCAGCACCCAGACUCGCAACAUGACCCAGCAAGCCGCACCCAUUGACAUUGGCGAACUCCCGCUGCCUCAGCUUCAGGCCGUCAAGCAGCAGAUGGAAGAGGAGAUUCAACACUUGACUUCAUCGUUUUCGCAACUCAAGCAUGCCAACUCAAAGUUUGUCGACAGCAUCGAUUGUCUGAACUCCCUGACGCCUCAGACGGCUGGAAACGAAAUCCUCGUCCCCCUGACCAGCUCCCUCUAUCUGCCUGGGCAGCUCACUGACGUUGAAAAGGUUAUCGUAGACUUGGGCACGGGUUACUACGUCGAGAAGUCCAUCGCCGAUGCCAAGACCUUCUACAAGACCAAGAUCGAUUACCUUCGCACAAACCUCGAGAAAUUGCAGGACACCAUCUCCCAGAGACAAAACCAAUACAAAGCUCUUACGGAUGUUAUGCAGUACAAGAUCCAGCUUGCCGCACAGGAACAGGCCAAGGAGCGCACCAAGGCCUGAGCUCUGCAACGUCCGUGCGCAAGCAGGGCUCCGCUAUGCGAUCAAAGCGACCCUCGGCAAAGACAAAUCCGGUCGUCUCUCAAUACAGCAUUCCCAUGCCAUCCC